AUGGCGUCAGAGGUUCUAUCCUCUUCACUGCGGUCGGAGCAAGAUACAACCUCGGUGACGGCGAGAUAUCAAUGUCCUGUCUGUUUGAAACGAUACAAGCGCCGUGAACAUCUCUUUCGGCAUACCAGCUCCCAUACAUCGGAGCGCCCGUACCGUUGCGACUCAUGUGAUGGUGCGUUCCAACGCGCAGAUGUUCUGAAACGACAUCUUCGAACAUGUGAUGGCGGGGGCUCAAGGUCGGGAGGCCGUCGAAAGGCUUGCGAUCGCUGUUGCAAACAGAAGAAAGCAUGUAGUUCCAAUCAGCCAUGUCACAAUUGUUCAAGAAAGGGUCUUGCAUGUUUCUAUUCAAAUGCCCCAGAGUCGGGAGAAAAUCUGGGUCAAGCUAUCUCCCAUAAUGGUGAUGGUUCCAUCGGAGAUGCAGCGGGACAGAACAGAGGCUCUCCCAUGUUAAUGGAUCCCGCCAUUCAGUCAAAUUCACCGAUUCAGUUAUCCUGGGCGCAACAGAACAGUGGAGUUCUCGGGACAGCCCCGCUCGAUAAUCUCUUCAGUCGGUCUUUCCUGGAGGCCUCUAGCCCGACCUGGCAAGACUAUCUUCUCCUAGCGUCAGAAAGCCAAGUUCUGAGGGAUAACCCUCUCUUGGAUACGAGCAGAAGCCAGUCGUUGCAGUUUCUGGACCGGUUUACCAGCAAUACUGGUCUGAUCUUGAGCUUUGACUGUGGGACUCAAGAGCAACGUGAGAAUGUUGCUGUUCAACUAGAGGUUGAGAGUCAUCAAGGAAUUGGGCAAACGUAUGCGCCAAGCAACUCAACAUCACUAGGCUUACAAGCUGUUGUGGACUCACCUCCGCUACUGGACAACCUGAGCGAUGCUAGUACCGUUGACUGCAUCCCAAUCAACUGGCUUUGUGACCCACUUUCUUUGAAAACGCAUGAAAUUCUUCUGCUCAUUGAAGAGGUCGUUACAAUUAAACCGAGAAAUAGUGCGGUGACACUCGAUUGGUCAUCGGCUCUCAAAAAUGCGUGUCUACAAUUCUUUUCACCAGCGAAUCUGCGACGGUUCCUUGGCUUCUACUGGGCGAUCUGGCAUCCAAACGUCAACUAUAUUCAUCGGCCCAGCUUUGAUCCGAUAUCAGCGAAGCCUUGCCUUGUAGCUGCAAUGGCCACUAUUGGCGCGUGUGUCUCUCCAGACAUGCCGGAUAACGAGGAUGCUAGGACAUGGUACAACUGCGUUGAAGAGAUGGUCUUCAUAGAUGAUGACUUCAACAGUGACACAAUCUACUCUGCUUCGAACAAUAUGUUUAUUCAUCGACGAAAGGUCCAAGUUUUGCAAGCCGCAUAUAUUGUUUGCCUUUAUCAGAACUGGGAAGGCACAGACUCGAGCAAAAGUCGAAUUCGGCGGAACAGGUUUGCGACCUUGGUAUCCACGGCACGAGACAUUGGAAUUACAACAGCAACGCAUUUGAACUAUUCUGAGUUGGGUCGGCAUGAGUUUGAGUGGAAGGAAUAUGCCACUCGGGAAGAACUGAUCAGGGUUUUCAUAUGGAUAUUCCUCCUUGAUACGGCCUUUGUCAUUUUUAACAACCUACCCCCACGCAUGGUUAUCAAGGAAAUGAAGAUGCACCUCGCGACGCCUGAGAGCUGCUUCCAAGCACUGACUGCGGAUGAAUGCCAUCGGGAAAUUGAAACACACCUUCCAAGUGGAAACGCCUAUUGGAAUCUCUCUGUCCGCGGUGCAUAUGAGGCACUUGCAAAGGACACAUUUUUGCCAGGCAUGCGUCAGAUCAUAGCCGCAUCGGGGCCCUUGAAUCUGUUCGCACUUGCAUCCGCAAUUCAUUCACAAGUCUUUCAGUACCGCAGCUCUAUCAGCAGCUCCCAGAACCUGACACCGAUACAGAACACUCUCCAGCACUGGUGCGAUUCUUGGCAACUUUUUGCCUCGACAUCAUCAACGGGCUUACCUCCACACAUUACAAUCGAUGAUACCAAUAUUUCGCCCCAAGAUAUGUGGAAGAGAAUUGGGUUUUGCCGGUACUGCCCUGAAUUUUGGCUAUUAGGAAGCUUGAUGACAGAGCGUCUCGCGUUAUUGGGAGAUUUACCAGAAGGGAGCGAUCUGGCUCCUCUGGACCAGAGUGCAUUGGAUCCAAUUUUGAACAAGUAUGAUCAGACUAGUAUGCGGCAGGUCAACAAUCUGAUCGUCGGGUUUCAAACAUUCCAGCUGUGA